AUGACCUCAACGGGUGACCCAAAAUCAUCCCAGGCCUCAACAUUGAAUGGGAAGGCCGCGCGAGAUGAAAAGCAUUCCCAGGAUUCGAAAGCCGACAACAAGCAACAACUCGCGAAGAAAAACAAGUCCAACGGCAAAGUACUGACACCAUGGGUCUACGAUCUCGGCCUGGGAACCUUCAAUCUUGCUCUGGAUGUGUUUUUCAGAGAAAUCUAUCCGAGAAACACUUUCAGAAUUCCAAAGAAGGGCCCAGUCAUUAUUGUUGGCGCACCACAUGCCAACCAGUUUGCUGACUCUAUCAUCCUUAUGCGACUGUUGAAGCAGCAUGUAGGACGUCGCAUGUCUUUCCUGGUGGCCGAGAAGUCGAUGAAGGAACCUUACAUCGGUGCCAUGGCUGGCAAGAUGGGUUCUCUGCCAGUGACCAGAGCUAUGGAUCAUGUCAAGCCGGGUCAAGGCUAUAUCUGUCUACCAGAUCCUGAGAACGACCCAACUCUGAUUCGUGGUGUGGGAACCAAUUUCUUGAAUGGUCAGUACAUGCACGGCGGCAGCAUCAUCAUGCCCAAACGCCCAGGAUCUAAGGCAGCACCUGAGAGUCAGUACAUUGAGGAAGUUCUGGGCCCAAGGGAAUUCCGUUUACGCGAGGCUUUCAAGACCGAGGACGCAAUCCUUCAGCUCACCGGCGAGAGCGAAGCUCCCGAUGGAAGCAAGAUCAAGGGCACGAAGUUCAAGGUCGCUCCUCACAUCGACCAAAACCGUAUGUUCGACGCCGUCUACCGCGAGCUUUCCAAGGGCGCCUGUGUCGGAAUCUUCCCAGAAGGUGGAUCUCAUGACAGAAGCGACUUGCUACCCUUGAAAGCUGGUGUUGCUAUCAUGGCUUUGGGAUGUUUGGCACGCGACCCGGAUUGUGGACUUACCAUUAUUCCUGCGGGCAUGAACUACUUCCACGCUCACAAGUUCCGCUCGCGAGCCGUCAUCGAGUUCGGUAACCCCAUCGACGUACACCCUGAUCAAGUUGAGGCGUUCAAAGCUGGAGGCUCCGAGAAGCGUGAUGCCAUCGGAUCAUUGUUGGAAACCAUCUACGAAGGUCUAGCAGCAGUGACGCAACCCAGCCCGGAUCACGAAACGCUGCAACUUAUCCAGGCAACGCGUCGUCUGUACAACCCUCCUGGUCGCAAACUCCCUUUACCCGUGGUCAUCGAAUUCAACAGACGUCUCCUCAAAGGCUACACCAAGUACAAGGAUGAUCCACGUGUAGGAAAGCUGAAGAAGGCGGUGGUUGACUACAACCGUCAUCUUCGUGCACUAGGAAUCAAAGACCACCAGGUCGAAUGGGGUGAUGCUUCCGCUCGUCCUUGGUGGUGGUGCUUGGCCACAUUGCUCUACCGCCUGGGAGAACUGUUACUCUUGAGUCUGGGUACACUGCCAGGUAUCUUGAUGUUCUGGCCAGUCUUUGUGACUUCAAAGAUGAUCUCCAUCAAAAAGCAAAAGAAAGCGCUUGCUGGCUCGGUUGUCAAACUUCAGGGACACGAUGUCAUGGCUACCUGGAAAAUUCUGGUCGCAAUGGCUCUGGCUCCUGCUCUGUACAUCUACUACACGGCGCUCGUAAGCUUUUGGCUCUACUACAACCGCGUUGGUGGACAGUACACUCAGACCCUACCCUGGUACCUACAUGCGCGCACCUACAUCCCUGACUUUGUCCCUCUUUGGCAGUUCUCCAUUUUCUUUUUCGCACUCAUGGUUUCUGUUUCUUUGGCUGCCCUUCGCAUCGGCGAGAUUGGCAUGGACAUUCUCAAGUCUCUUCCUCCCCUCUUUGUGGCUCUAAACCCAGCUUCCUCGGCUUCGCUCACUCAACUCCGCGCUCAUCGUAAUGCUCUUGCCAAACAAGUACGCGAGACCACCGACGCCAUCGGCCCUGACGUCUUCCCUGGAAUGGUCGCUCGCGGCAUGGAACAAUCUGAAGACGAACAUGAAGGCGAAGCCUACCAGUCGCAGAUGAAGAGGAGCUCUCUGGCCGAUAAGGCCGAUGAGAGAAGCAGAAGUCGUGGACCAGGUCCGUUCUGGUGGCCUGGAGCUCUGACUCCUGGUAGCAGAUCGACUUCAUUCUCCAUGGAAUCGCCUGCUCCUGAGAGAAGAGGCAGGGGUAGAAGCUUGCCGCAGCCGCAGGAAGAUGAGGAUGAUAAGGAAAAGGUUGACGAGUACAUUGACUACAGUUACUAG